AUGUCUGAUGUUGAAGUUGAUGAUGCACCCUCGGCCCCAGUCCCAUCUGGGGGACCCAUGGACGUGAACGAAGCGCUUCAAGGUGUAUUGAAAACCGCCUUGAUUCACGACGGAGUCGUUCAUGGGAUACAUGAGGCUGCUAAAGCUUUGGACAAAAGGCAGGCUGUGUUGUGCGUGCUAGCUGACAAUUGCGAUGAACCCAUGUACAAGAAACUCGUGCAGGCGCUCUGCUCGGAGCACCAGAUCCCCCUCAUCAAGGUCGACAACAACAAGAAGUUGGGAGAAUGGUCUGGGCUCUGCAAGAUUGACAAUACAGGGAAGGCACGCAAAGUUGUUGGGUGUUCUUGUGUUGUGAUCAGGGAUUAUGGCGAAGAAUCACCUGCCCUUGAUGUCCUCAGGGAAUAUCUUAAAAAUUCGUAA